AUGAAUCUUACUUUAUUGUUUUGUUUUCAUUUUUGUAAUGGUGGUGGAAGAAGUGGAGCAUUCCUAUCAGUUGAUGCAAAUUUAGAAUUAUUAAAAAAAACAGGACAAUUAGAUCCAUUUAAGUAUGGUAAAAUUCUUGUAAAUGCUAGACAAAAUUUGAUAGAUUCUAUAAAACAAUAUGAAUUUAUUUAUGAUGUAUUGUAUGAAGCUGUUUUAUGUAAUUUACAACCUAUAAAAUUACAUGAAUUAAAAGAACGAAGUAAUUUAUAUAAAAACAAAAAUACAAGACAACAAAUGGAAACACAAGAUAGUCAUGAAAAUAAGUUACUUCAAAUGUUAACACCAACAUUAAGAAUUGGUGAUUGUGCUGGUGGACAUAGAUUAGAAAAUAGAGGAAAAAAUAGAGAUGUUAUGGUUGUUCCACCUGAUCAUGCAAGACCAUAUCUUCAGACACUUCAUGGUGAAAGUAAAGAUUAUACAUAUAUAAAUGCAGUUGAAGUUGAUGGUUAUACUAGAAAAUCUGAAUUUAUUGUUACACAAUGGCCAAAACAACAAACAAUUGAUAGUUUUUGGACAUUAGUUUUUGAUCAUAGUUGUCAUACUAUUGUAAAUCUUACAAAUCCUUCAAACCCAAAACAAUAUCCACCAUUUAUUCAUAAUAAAGGAAAACAAAAUUAUGGUCCUUUUGUUGUUGAAGUUAUUAAUUAUCAACAAUAUCCUGGAAUAACAUCACAUAUGGUGAAAAUAAUGAAAAGAGUAAGUGGCAUUCUUUUGUUAAAAAGUAAAAUAGUACCAUUUUUUUUUAAUUUAAAAUAUUAG